CCUGUCAAGUAUAUCAUGCUCACUGAGCCUCCUUGCAGCCUCCACUUGUCUUCUUCAGCUACUUCUGCUUCCAUCACAUCGCACAGAACACUACACGAUAGCUUUCCUGCAAAAACAACAGAAGUGAAGUGAUUUUUCACUGACUGACUAUCCUUAUUUCUGACAUUUUACCCCUAGAUGGCCAAUCUCAUUCGUUCUGCAAAGUAUAGCCUGUUCUGGGAUCACAACGAGCUCAUGGCAUACAACAUAAAUUUCACUACUAUACCGGCACAUCAAUUCUUUCCACAGGGGACAGAUAUCCCUCUAACCGUGGCAGGAUUUGAUCCCGAGCUCGCCACCGCCAAGAUGUCCUCUUACGCCCAUGUGUCGCGCACCACCUUGAAACUUCUCGUAUAUCUCCACUUUGCCAUGGAUCCGAGUCACGCUCUAUAUGAGUCGACGAUCAUCUCCUUGACUUGUGUGGUUUUCGACAUACUUGGCUUCCAAAAUGAUUGGCAGUACCUAUUGAAACCGCACAUUAUCCCAUUGCUGAUCUGCAAUGAUGUCAACAAAAGCGCAUGGCUAAGCGUAUGCGAAUUGGAUCAAUCAAAUCUCUUGCUUGUUCUGCUACAGGUUAAGCCGUCGAUGGGCGAGUCAAACGUCGAAGCACGUACGGUCGCAGGAGCCAUUGCGGCGUACCAGUACAACAACAAGAAGCGGCAAGAGAUGGGUUUGCAUCCGCUUGAUGCCAUGACGAUGCCUUGCAUGACCAUGGUUGGGACACGCCCCGCCUUCUAUCUGGUGCCCGUCACCAAAGCGUUGAAUGAGGCAGUUGUUUCCGGUCAGUUUCCGUCAGAUAGGACUGAGGUGUUGAAGUGUGAGGUUCAAAGUGACCAUAAUGGAGGCUUGGAGGCACCGGAAUAUAGGGGCGUUGCUCUCCAGUAUUUUGUUGCAUUCAAAUCCCUUGCGAAAAGCCAUUGGGAGAAGUUCCUUAGUUAAAAUUAAAAUCGAGUCACCCAGGCUUGUCACGGUCAUAUGCGAAUCGUACUGGUAUUAUUUGGGUGUAUAAUCUGAAUCCAGAACAGCUUCUGAACUUUCCACUUAUGAGUCGCCUGCUGAAGUCUGCGAUAAAGAAGGCGAAGCGGGGG